AUGCUUCUACCAUUACUACUUCAAGAUUCACGUGUAUUCACUAGUCAAUACAUUAACCUUCUUGUUCGAGUAACUACGAAUUUCAGUGGCGCUGCCGUAGCAAGUCUUCGAUCGUAUACUGUUGUCACUACGAAACAAACCGGUGGCAUUGCACAUGAGUAUAGCUGUUGGUUUAGUGCAGAAAUAUUCUCUAGUAUUUUUCGACGUUUUAUAACCACAAACUCCAUCGACAAUUUAAAUGAGUAUUCUCUUCAAUUGGACCGACAUGUACCAUCUGGCCGUGUUCUUCUUGACUUAGCUGAUCGGAAAUGCAUCAUUGAAUUGGCCAAUGAUAGCGUAUCACCUGAUGUACCUUUGCAUGUUGAUACAAUUCAAAUAAUUGAUCUAAAUUUUCUAAGAAAAAACAAUGCAUUUCAAGACCAUCAAAUCUUUGAAAUAUUAGCUACAUUAUUCAUCGAAUGCGAAGAAUACUACGGAUCAAUGCUGAUCUUUGAUAAUGAUUCAUUAAUAAUGUUUGAUGCAACCGAUUCGGCAAUGUCGAAAUCAAAAUGUAUUUCAAAUGCAUCUAUAUCAAUUCACUCGCGAUCGUAUAUCGUUUCUAACAACUUAGAAAAAACCCAUGCUCACUAUCUGGAAAUUUCCCAACCACGAUCAUAUAUAACCCGACGUCGUUUACGUUCAUAUAGAUUUUAA